AAGCAUCAGCGUCGUCGUCGUCGUCGUCGUCGUCGGGCGCAAAAUGGCGGCGGCCGCGGCGGCGCAGCUGUCUGACGAGGCUCUCUUCUCGGAGCUGCGGCGGCUGGGCUUCUCGCCGGGCCCCGUGACGGAGAGCACCCGCCCGGUCUACCUCAAGAAGCUGAAGAAGCUGCGGGAGGAGGAGAGGGCCAGCAAGACCCGGAACAGCCACAGCAAUAACCCUUCCGCCGCCGCUGCUGCUGCUGCCGCCGCCUUCGUCCCUCCCAGGCUGGCUGCCGGGACCUCCCCUUCGGAGAGAGGCAAGGUCCUGCUAGGCUUCAGCUCGGACGAGUCGGACGCCGAGGGCAGCCCGCUUGGGAGCCGCAGGGCGGAGCGCUUGGCCUCGCGCAGGGAAGCCAGGCCUUUGGCGUCGCCGCCGCCUCCUUCCUCCUCCGCCUUGGCUCAGUCUCGGAGGAAGCCCCACGCCUGGUGGGGGGCUCGAAGGGAACAGCAGCAGCAGGAGGAGGAGGAGGAGGAGGAGGAAGAAGAAGGAGGCCUAGAAGCCGGGAAGCAGCACUGCAAGGCCCGGGCGGUGAACGGGAACCGCUUCCUCGGCGCCUCUCGCAGGGAGGAAUACUCAGACUCCGAGGACGAGGAGGAAGAUGAGGAAGAGGAGCGGCUGCUGGGGCGCCACUGCUUGGCCAGGAAGGGCAAGGCCCCUGGCUCCAUGGAGGAGGGACAGGUCUCCUUAAACAGGGCCAGAGGACGAAGCAUGGAAGAGGAAGAGGAGGGUGUCGUUUUGGGGCGCCCCACAGCCAUCGAUGGGGAGUACCUCCUAGGGCCCCGCUUCCGACAGGGCUCUUCCAGGAAGAGCCUUCCUCCUCCGCUCCUGCUCCCUGACAGGGACGGAGGCAAGGCGAGGGACGCUUUGGCCCCCCGCAAGAAGACGACCAACAACCACAUCUUCGGUAGCGGCUUCAGCCCCGAGCCCAGGAUAUAUGCGGCCGCCAACAGUUUCCCUGCCCCGGCUCCUGCCUCCUCCUCCUCCUCCAGGGUCAACCACUCCUCCAACCACACGGGUCCCAACCACGCUUACCUGAAGGACGCCUACAAGCCGAAGCUGGCUGAGCCAGAGGAGGACCUGCUCCAGCAGUUCAAGAGGGAAGAGGUCUCCACCAUCGGAGGCUUCAGCGCUCACUACCUGUCCAUGUUCCUCUUGACGGCGGCCUGUUUGUUCUUCCUGAUACUGGGACUCACGUAUCUAAGGAUGAGGGGGUCUGGAGCGGCGGAGGGUGUGGGAGGCAAUGGUAAAAAUCUGUCCAUUGGGAACCUUGAUGUAAAAGCAAACGAAACCAUUCUCAUGAAUAGCUUAUAUAUACUUCAUGAUAAACUGGCACAGAUAUCAGGUGACCAUGAAUGUGGCAACUCUGUCAAGAAAGGGCUUUCCAUCCAGGAGGCGGCUUCAUAUUUAAAAGGUUUAGGUGCAGAAUAUGAAAAUGUCUUCAACAAAUCCUUGGAAUGGAUUCUAAGUAGUGGGGAAGAUGUUGGCAUAAAGUGUAUUGGCCACAGUUCAGAUGAGGAGCCUAUAACCAAUUCAACUGAUAUAAAAUACCUAAUAUCAACUAGGCCACAGAUGUCUUUUACAUGUCGUUUUCGUCGUGCAUUUAUUACGGUGACAUGUAGAUCAUUAAUUCUGCUUUUAGUUGUAGGAAUGAUUUGGGGAGUAUUCAGGUAUAUGAAGUAUCGGUGGUCUAAAGAAGAAGAGGAGACCAGACAGAUGUAUGAUAUGGUUGUAAAAAUUAUAGAUGUUUUAAGAACCCACAGUGAAGCAUGUCAGGAAAACAAAGACUUGCAGCCCUACAUGCCUAUUCCCCAUGUCCGAGAUUCUUUGAUUCCACCUCAAGACAGGAAAAAAAUGAAGAAAGUAUGGAGUAGAGCUGUUGAUUUCCUUGCUGCUAAUGAAUCUAGAGUUCGCACUGAAACACGAAGAAUAGGUGGUGCUGACUUUCUGGUUUGGAGAUGGAUACAGCCAUCUGCAUCAUGUGAUAAAAUGCUGGUCAUACCAUCUAAAGUAUGGCAAGGACAAGCAUUUCACUUGGACAGAAGAAACUCACCACCAAAUAGUUUGACACCUUGCUUAAAGAUACGCAAUAUGUUUGAUCCAGUCAUGGAAAUAGGUGAUCAUUGGCACUUGGCAAUUCAAGAAGCAAUCUUGGAAAAAUGCAGUGAUAAUGAGGGAAUUGUUCACAUAGCAGUGGACAAAAAUUCACGUGAGGGUUGUGUGUAUGUGAAGUGUUUGUCUCCAGAAUAUGCUGGAAAGGCUUUUAAAGCAUUACAUGGAUCUUGGUUUGACGGUAAACUCGUAACAGUAAAAUAUCUACGACUAGAUCGAUAUCAUCAUCGUUUCCCCCAGGCUGUUAGUUGCAAUGUUCCAUUGAAACCAUCAAAUACACACAUGAACUCAAUGUCACAUCUUCGUCUGCGGACAGGCACAACUAAUUCUCAGGGAAACUCCUGAGGCAUUUUAUUGUUAUUAGAACUGUUGACCUACAGCAGGAACAUUUCCUGACUGGCCCUGUCUUCCACUUUUAGUACUUUUAUAUGUAACAUUUUCAUUAAACAAUGUUCAAGGAGUCACUUUUUAAAUGAUGUCUGAGCAAUGAGGCAGUAGUACUGAGUUAAAAGAACAAUUCCUCUAUAAAGUAUUUUGGAGCUCAAAACAAACCAACACAUUAUGUUUUGCAUGGCAGAUAUUGAAUUUAUUGAACAUUUUCAGAUGUGGCUGUAUUUUUGCACCAAAAGUGUUUGAUAACAGUCUAAAAGCAUGGAGAUGUACUGUAUUUCCAUAGUUCCCUGUGAAAUAAUCUUGUGGGUAUUUUGUAACAAAACCACCUACAGUUUCUGAUGGAAAGUGAGUAGAAGUGUUAGUUUCUGUCUGGUUUUGGGUUUCUGUUGCUAUAAAAGCUUCAUCUGUCUCAGCCUAGGGAUGGGGAAGAAAUGUUUUGUUAGUGGCUGCAGAGGGAAAACCAACUGAAUGCAGAUGUACCUGUUUUGUAUAUAAAUUUAGAUGGUGGUGGUGGCAUCAGCAAAGGUAAUCUUGUUUUGUGAGGAUGUCUGCAUCAAAGCAGUGAAUAAGCUUCCUAUUUUAUUCAUAACCUAAUGUUUUAUAUAUUUUGGCUGUACCAUUACAUAAAGGCCAAACACCUUGAAGUAUUAGAUUACAAGUUAAAUAUCUUUUAUAGGUUUUAUAUUAAAGUAUAUGGUUAUGAUUUUUGUGUGAAUGGUCUGUAACUGUGAUAAUGGAUUUGAAAUUAUGUGAGCAAUAAAGAAGCAGUUGGCAGGUACUCAAAAACUUGGUGAAAAGUUAUUCAUUACAAAAGGAAGACAUUGGCAAUGUACCACUGGAAAAUAUUUUCCUGUAUGGUUUUGCUAUCUAAAUAUGUAUAAAACUAAAGCAGAAAAAAUGCACGUAUUUUGGAAACAAAAUAUUGAUUGUAAGAGCUUAGAUAUGCAGUAAAAUUACUGAACAGUUGUGUGUGAUCUUAAAUGUGUGCAUUGUUUACACCUAAAACUGCAAAAUUAUUGAAAAUUAUUAGCUGAAAAUACAAAAUAAUUGGUUACAACAAUUCCUGCUGAAGCAGCAUAAUUUAUCAAUCCAGCUAGAUAAGGAAGAGAUGGGAAAUCAACCAGUUUAAGAUAAAUUUACUUAAAACCCACUUUUAUAGUAGAUAAUGAUCUGCAGCAUGAACUUGCACAAAUAAUGCACGUUUCUUAUGGUUAAGUGAACAUGAUGCACACUUCUGUAAUGGAAAAUCCUUACCUUUGUGCCUUACCUUUGUGCUUUUUUUUUUUUUUUUGUGGGCAACAUGUUUAACAAUGGACUUUUUCUUAUCUGGAAAAACCUUAGUCAGUUUUAUGUCCUGGAUGCUAACAAACAAGUAUGUGUAAUAUAAUCAACCAUGCAGAAUUCUACUCACGAAGAACAAGUACAUAUUUUUGAAAAGUGAGUAGAUUGUCGCGUCUGGUAGAUUUUUCAUGAGAUUUACUACAUACAUAUACAAAUAUGUACAAUAUACAUGUAUAUGUAUUUAUAUGUAUAUAAUCAGAUUUUGCUGUAUUUGUGCAUCAUAGUGAUUUAUUGAUCUGAUCGUAAUAACCAUCUUGUGACCUGUUGCAAGUGUGAAUGUAAAAUUUAGUUGUGGCAGUUUAAAAGGUUGCCUUUUGAUGCAGAUGCAUCUUUCUUGCUUCUAAACUGUUUGUAAACACUGUACAUUUAUUAUGGUAAUCUGUACUAUUAUGCAGCUUAUUUUACCUUUAAAAUGUUGACCAAUAUUCCUCCCUGCAAGACAGAUGGGAAUGUGUAUAAUACCUUGGACAUUUGAGAAACCAGAUGUUUGUAAUUUGUCCUGUAAAAAGACAAAAGUGAAACAAAACUAAUUAAAGAUUUAUUAGGGCUUUUUA